GUAUAGUGGAUGUGAUUUGUCUGCAAUUGUUAGCGUUCAAUAUUCAAGAAGAUGGAGCUGUGGUUGUUGCUGUUUGUAUUUAUUAGAUUUGCACACGGACAAUAUGAUGUACCACAAGCAACCGUAGAAGUUUAUUCACCGAAAGGUCUAAAAGUUUCUAUCCCAGAUGAAGAAGGUAUUAAACUAUUCGCGUUUCAUGGAAAAAUUAACGAGGAAUUGAACGGCAGAGAAGGUGGUACUUUUUCAAGAGACAUUGUGAAACCCAAAGAUGGAAGAUGGACUUUUUAUGAACCAACAGUAAAACUCAACAUCGGCGACAAAUUAUAUUACUGGACUUACGUAGACUAUUUUGAUGGAAAAAAUAAAGUAGGUUACACCAACGACGAUCAAUUUUACGAAGUAAAAGAAUUUCAGAAAAAACCUGGCGAAUGCAAACCAUCACAGACAAUGACGCAGGGUAAAACCAAAUUAUGUAGUGGUGACCUAAUUUUCUCGGAACAUUUCCUAAAUCUGGAUCCCGUCCGAUGGAAAACCGAAAUUAAAUUUGGCGGCCCACCCGACUAUGAAUUUGUAAUUUAUGGAAAUUACUCUCAGACUCUCUCUAUUAAAAAUGAAAAACUACACAUUAGACCUAUACCGACUGAGGACGUCUACGGAAACGGCUUCGUUUUUACCAGUUUGGACUUGAACACGCAAGAUGCCAAAUGUACAGAAACCGUUUACACUUGUUAUAGAAAAGCAAAAGGUCAGUUCAUUGUUCCACCAGUAUUGUCCUCUCAAAUAAACACCAAGAACAAAUUCGCAUUCAAAUACGGAAAAAUUGAAGUCAGAGCCAAGCUACCCGAAGGAAAUUGGAUAUAUCCAGAAAUAUUCUUGAACCCGUUGACUAAAAAGUAUGGUACUGACUUUUUAUCCGGUCAGAUGAGGAUAGUUAUCAGUCAAGGUAAUCCGAAUUCAAUUAAAAAGGUUAGUGGUGGAGUGAUUUUGGGUGACGGCACAAUUACUAGAACCUACGGUAUAAAAUCUAGGAAAAAUCCAAACGUAUCAGAUUUUCACAACUACACUCUACUUUGGGCACCAGACAAAAUUGUUUUGUCAUUUGACGGUGAAAUUUAUGGUGAAAUUUAUCCACCUACCAAUGGAUUCAAAACGGUGGACGGCCUUUUAAGCGAACAAAAAAAGACUCUUUGGAACGAAGGAUCAAAUUUGGCACCAUUUGAUCAAGAGAUGUAUAUUACCCUGGGGGUGGGUGUCGGAGGCCAUAAUUUUGGUGAUGAAGAGGUCAAGCCAUGGAAAAAUUUCGAUCCUUUAGCAGAAAUAAACUUCUAUCGGGACACGGAAAAUUGGAAGAAAACUUGGAAUUCGCAGAGUGCUCUGGAAAUUGAACACGUCUUAGUAUAUGCUUUGUAAAACAAUGUUUUUAUCUGUAAUUUAACUGAUUAAAUAUGUGAUCGUAAUGUACGUAAUUUUAUAAAGAUUA